AUUUCCUCGUAACUUAACCUAAAAGCAUAAAACCCUUUUGUGUUUGCGCCGCUCUCAAGCCUCAGACUCGCGACUCACCACCACUGCUCAGACUGCUCGCCGGCCUCUAAUUUAUCAAAGCUUCUGCGCCUCCCACGUUAUUUUCAAUACUCUCUUGGGGUUCGCAUAGUGAGAUGGGGAAGAAGGCGAAGAAAGCUAUGAAUAAUUUGAAAAGGGCUUCCUUUAAUAAUAAGCCAUCUGAGGGUGCUGAUUUCUUGCCCUUGGAAGGUGGUCCUGCUCGUAAGCUCGCCGCCUCCCAGCAGAAGCCGCCGGAGAACACCGCCACGGUUUUGUAUGUCGGUCGGAUUCCGCAUGGAUUCUAUGAGAAGGAGAUGGAAGGUUAUUUUGGGCAAUUUGGAACCAUCAAGAGGUUGAGAAUCGCAAGGAAUAAAAAGUCUGGAAAAUCAAGACAUUUUGGUUUCAUAGAAUUUGAAUCUCCUGAGGUAGCAAAAAUUGUGGCUGAUACUAUGCAUAAUUAUCUCCUUUUUGAACACCUUCUCCAAGUUUAUGUAAUACCUCCAGAGCAUGUUCAUCCAAGAAUAUGGAGAGGAUUCAAUUACCAUUACAAGCCAUUGGAUUCAGUCCAAAUUGAACGGAAGCGUCAUGACAAGGAAAGAACAUUGAAAGAGCACCAGAAGUUGGUGGAUAAGGUUCUGAAACAUGACCAAAAACGACGUAAAAGGAUAGAGGCUGCUGGCAUUGAUUAUGAAUGCCCUGAGAUUGUGGGCAACAUCCAACCUGCACCAAAGAAAAUAAAGUUUGAAGACUGAGGGGUUUGACCACAUUGAGCUCAUUGAGUAUACCUUGAAAUUAUAUUGUGAUGAGAGCCAUGUUGAGAACUAUCCGGCACUGAAGAAGUGAAAUGGUUAUUGUUUGAGGAAAAAACAAAAUACACGUGAGAAGUGAAAUGGUUAUUGUUUGAGGAAAAAACAAAAUACACGUGAGAAGUAAAAUGGUUAUUAUUCAAGGGAAAGUUGAGUUUGUUUUGUAUUUUUUGACCAUCAGAAUAUAGACUCGGACGCUGGUUGACGUGGGAGAGUGGAUUAGUUCUCCCAUGGGAGUUAUUUUGUCCCAUUGAAUAUAUUCAUAUUUAGUUUAAUGGUCAAGAUUUUUUCUCUUUC